AUGUCGGAUUUCAAACGUCUUAAGCUGAACCUUGUGAAGCCAGUUCCCUCGGACUACGAGAUCUCCAGAAACCAGACUCCCAAGCACAUCAGCCAGGUUGCUGCGGAGUGCGGAAUCACUGAGACCGAAAUUGAGCCGUACGGAGCUUACAAGGGUAAGGUCAAGCUCGAUGUGAUCGACAGAUUGCACCACCGCAAAAACGGUAAAUAUAUCCUGGUGACCGGUAUCACUCCAACUCCGCUUGGAGAGGGUAAAUCCACCACCACUGUGGGACUGGCCCAGGCUAUUGGUGCUACCCUUGGCAAGAAAGCUUUUGCCAAUGUGAGACAGCCAUCUAUGGGUCCUACGUUUGGUGUCAAAGGUGGAGCUGCUGGAGGCGGGUUUUCGCAGGUGAUCCCUAUGGACGAGUUCAACAUGCACAUCACGGGUGACAUUCACGCCGUGGGGAUGGCCAACAACUUGCUGGCUGCUGCGCUCGACACAAGAAUGUUCCACGAGGCCACGCAAAGCGACAAGGCUCUGUGGAAGAGACUUUGUCCCGAGAAGAAGGACGGUUCCAGAGACAUUCCCAUUGGCUUGCUGCCAAGAGUGAAGAAGCUGGGACUGGACACCAAGGAUCCUAAGGAAUGGACCGACGAGGAAGUUUCCAAGUUUGUGAGACUCGACGUCGACCCCAAGACGAUCACGUGGAAGAGAGUGCUGGAUCUGAACGACAGAUCGCUCAGAGGCAUCACCAUCAACCAGGCUCCAACCGAGAAGGGUCUAACCAGAGAGACUGGUUUUGACAUCACUGUGGCCUCUGAAGUGAUGGCUAUCCUCGCUCUGUCGUCUUCCCUGAAAGACAUGAGAGAAAGACUCGGAAAAAUGGUGGUUGCUUCGUCGAAAUCGGGUGAGCCAAUCACCUGUGAGGACCUGGGCUGCGCCGGCGCCCUCACGGCCAUCAUGAAGGAUGCCAUCAAGCCAAACCUCAUGCAAACUCUCGAGGGCACGCCUGUGUUUGUGCACGCGGGUCCGUUCGCCAACAUCUCGAUCGGUGCCUCUUCCGUUCUGGCCGACAAGAUGGCUCUGAAGCUUGCAGGCACAGAGCCAGGCCUCAGCGCCGAGGAGGAGAGAGAGCAGGCCGGCUACGUCAUCACAGAGGCCGGUUUCGACUUCACCAUGGGAGGCGAGCGGUUCCUGAACAUCAAGUGCAGAUCGUCCGGGCUGUCGCCAGACGUGAUCAUCAUCGUGGCCACCGUUAGAGCUCUGAAGGUGCACGGUGGAGGAGCCGAGGUCAAGGCGGGUGCUCCGCUGCCAUUGGAGUACACCACCGAGAACGUGGAGAUGCUCAAGGUCGGCUGUGCCAACUUGCAAAAGCACAUCCAGAACGCCAAACAGUACGGUGUCGAUGUGAUUGUGGCCAUCAACAGAAUGUCCUCUGACUCCAACAAGGAGCACGAGGUCAUCAAGGAGGCUGCUCUUGCUGCCGGUGCUACCGACGCCAUUGUCUCUAAUCACUGGGAGGAGGGUGGCCAGGGCGCCAAGGAUCUUGCCGAGGGUGUGAUCAAGUGUGCUCACAAGCUGUACCCUUCGCAAAAGGACUCCACGGAGUCGUUCCACUACCUGUAUGCUACAGAGGGCUCGUCGAUCGAGGACAAAAUCGAGGCCAUCGCCAAAAACAUGUACGGCGCCGGCUCUGUCGAGUUCCUGCCCCAGGCUCAGGAAAAAAUCAAGGAGUACACCUCGCAGGGCUUCUCGAACUUGCCGAUCUGUAUUGCCAAGACGCAAUAUUCUCUGUCCCACGACGCGAAGUUGAAGGGUGUGCCAACAGGAUUCACCUUCCCAAUCAAGGACAUCAAGGCCUCCAUCGGUGCAGGCUAUCUGUAUGCUCUUGCCGACCAGAUCCAGACGAUCCCUGGCCUGGCUACCAAGUGUGGCUUCAUGAACGUCGAGGUCAACGACGACGGCGAGAUCGAGGGCCUGUUCUAA